AUGGCGGAUAUUGAUCGAGCAUCGAUGUUGUUUGCCAUUUUUUCCCGUGCUUAUGAGGUCUUCGGUGAAGACAACGACGACUGGAUGCUGAUCCAGGAUCUUCUCAAAAUGGGACCAGAAGCGACCGACGAAGCCUUUGAAGAACUUCUCAAAGAUCAAGGCUUGAGGCUUGAUGGACACAUGUUAGAGAUUAUAGAGAUCGAACCACGAACCCCAGGAACGGAUGACAGUCCAUCAAGCCCUCCUGCGUCAUCAGCAGGUCCAGACGAACAGUCGUACGUUGGAAAACGGCCACCAGACACCAUGGUUCUGGUGCUCGCAUGGACUCAUUUGUUCAGCAAUAUCGAGCUGGACUUCCAAAAAAUGGGGGAGAUAUUUGGUGUCUCGGAAAGCGAAGUGACCGAUUUCAAGAUCUACUUCAAAGAAAUGGGCAUCGAUAUACCGAGGGACAGCUGA